CUCACGGCAGGGCACACAGGUUUAUAUAACUGGUAGCACUCGCACCAAAGCACCACUUGUGUGAGCUCUCUCGUAACGUGAGGACGGGGGAACGCAGACCCAGGGCAGCUAGCAAAGAUGCGUGUAAUCUGCGAGUCACUGUUUUUGUCCAUUCUUGGGACUGUGCCUUCUUUGGUGAUUGUGGCGGUUCUCUUCCACAACCCAUCGUGUGCAUUUCCAGGCUUCUCGUUGCUCGUAGCCUUUGCUGUGUUGUGUGCGUGUGUGGCCCUGCUCAUGGCUCAUUACCGACUGUUGGCGAGUCGUCCAGAAGGCCAACCACAGAAUAAAGACCCUGAGUAUGGCGGCAGUGUGUGUGACAGGAACACUACCGAUGCUCCACCCAAUUAUGAUGCAGUGAUGGCCACACCUCCUCCAUAUGACCACCUCUGCACCACUGCCGACGAAGCCUAUGUCUCCGUGACCGACAUUCUCCCUUGCCAAGAUGAAGACGCCAAGGUAACGCUAAGUACAGAGGAAAACCUAGACAAAGAACCUCCAUCAUACACAGACAUCUCCAAGACCACCCCAGCGUGAGAACCAAGGGUCAGGUCCUCCGGGCUCAGUUGGCUAUUAAGUGCGUCGACUCACAGUGAGUUAUGAUGUCUGGCUGUGGUGCGAGGAAACAAUAUGUGUUCAAUGCCUUCCAAGUUCGCCAGUUCUGGUAUAUAAGCGCAGGAACAUGAUAUGCUCAACGUUCACUCUCACUCCGGGAACAAAAUUGUUUUUCGCAUUAGAUGUAUGACGCAAUCCUAAUGUUCAGAUUUGAAAUAAGUAGCAGUGCCGCAGUGAACUGAACUUUACAUGUUGUAUUACAAGUGACAAUGCGAAUUCACCUGCAUUGUGUUAAAAUCAAAACUAGUACUCUUAAGAUUUAAGGCUUGUUCAAUAACUUAAAGAUCUCUUAAAGAAGGAUAAUUUGUGUUUAUCUGUCAAAUCAUGGGCCAUACGUAACAGUUUUGGGGCAAAACAUUACACAAGCACGGCACUGUUUCGUGUGUGGUAUGCUCAAAGACCGUAGUUUUCAUCUAAAAUGUCUCUGGGGGUUGGUAAAGCUGGACUGACCAAAGGCAUAUGCGUAUGGUUUGGUCCACCAGGCUCAGGGUAGUUUAGUACCUCGGUGAAUAAUAACAGACGGUCAGUGUGAGGGAAGUGAUAAUGACAUAACAUAUAGUGUGUUCGUGAAGUGGCCCAGUUCAUGUGUUAAAAGUUGGCAAAUUUUAUUAUUUCGCACCUGCCUCUGUGUGUGUGUGUGUGUGUGUGUGUGUUUAAAUACGAUCAAUGUGUGUGUGUUUACAGCCCCAAAUAUCAGUCAUGCACACUCUGAACCCCUGAAUUGCCCCGGAAACAUACAAGAAUCACUACCUGAUGGUUUAGGUUAAGAAAGGUUAAGUUACAUUAGGGUAGGUUAGGUUUGCGUUAAGGUAAUUACUCUUAAGAUAAAAUAAGUAUAGGGGGUAUCCUUCAGGGAGUCACUCAGUUCUAUUAGUACGUAAAUCCUCCCCCACAAGACGCUGAUUAUUACUGGCUUCUGUGUUAUCAAAAUUUACUCAUACAUUUGUUUAUUGAUCUCUCACUACGUUCACUUGUUUCUAGAGUGUUGUUGUGUUAGUUCAUGCUAAUAAAAUUGAUGUUUUAUGAAGUACAAGUUAUUUGCUUCACAUAAAGAGUUUCCUGUGAUGACAUUAAUAACAUGUAUAUUUUGAGCGAUAAUUGAUGUUUAGAUAUAUUUAUUAAUUAUGUUUUAUUUUCCUACACUCACACACAGCUAAAUAAAUUUAUAUGGCUAUAGAUUGAUCGAUAGCUAGACAGAUAUGGAUAAAUUUAGUGUCGUCAUAGAUAGAUAGAUAUAGAUAAAUAACAUUAAUAUUAUAUAAAUAGGUAGACAGAUAUAAAGAAAUAUAUAUAGAUUGAUAGAAAUAUAGAUAUGCUGGGGAAGUGAGGAACUAAUAAUCCCCAUCUUCCUGCACAUUAUGUCUGCACAUUAUGUCUUCCUUAUCCACUUGUGUGGAUAAGGAAGACAGUGAUCAUAGUGUUAGAUGGAUAUAUUUUCAGCCCGUUCACUAUCCCUGCGAUAGAUUGUAGGGAGAAGAGCCUCUGAACGUAUGCUGGGCUUAUAUUUAGGCCUAAGAGAUCCUGAUUGGGUAGCCAUUUUUUCGAGAAUCAGUUAUUGAUUAAUCUCAAUAGAAGAUUUGCAAAUAAACAUCUGUAAUGC